AGAAUAUACUAAAAGUUUCUUAAUUUUGAAUUGAAUACGAUUUUAUUGAAGAUGAUGAAGAAAAUAAUUGUUUUUGCGCUCGUUCUGGCGUUAUUUGGAAUUUGCAAUGCUAAUUCCCCUUUUGAGAUAGUAGCCAAAGCAGGAAAGCGUCGAGCUCGAAACAAAGGAGGAAAAAAGAUAGAUGUGUGUGAUGCAAAACAACAAGACAUGUGUACAAAAAAUUCCAAGAGUCUCUGGGCGGAAUCGAAAAAAGGCGAAUGUGCAAAGAGAGAAUGUAUUUUCAAUCCCACAACUGGGGUUACUCAACAUCCUCAAUCAAUGUACUACAGAUUUAAUCCUAAUCUUAUCAAAACCUCCUCAAGAAAAAUUCUUUAUUCUUUCAAAGAAAUAAAAGGAGAAGUUUGCUCAAUAAAAAACCAGCCUUGUUCGUGUCGAAAUGAAGAAAAAUGUCAUUGUGAAAGCGACUCGGCUAAAUUCUGCAAGCAGCAGUAUAGAAUUGAAAGAAAUUACUUCAUUGUUUAUAAUUCUGAAGGACUGAGAGUAUCAACAGUCUAUCAGCAACCACAAGAGCAGCAGCAAACAAACCAAUACGGAUCUCAGUACACUGGAGGCCAGCAAUAUCCAAGCAACUUCGAGCAAUUCCAACAUUAUCAACCACAAGCCAGGACCGGAGAAGUUGGACAUGUUGAUGAUGACAGUGACGAAAACAAACCAAAGGCCCAAACUAAAGUUAGAUCUGGAGAGAUUGGAAACGCUGGCAACGGAUACGGUAUGGGAGGUGCUGCUCAGUAUUACAGUGCUGGACAAUCUCAUCAAUAUAAUCCUAUGAUGCAAUUCCAAGGACAGCAAGGCUAUUAUCCGUCAAACCAGCAACAAGCACCAUCCUACCCCACCGGAAGCCAAAAUUCUCAGUCUGAUAUGAUGAGAUUCCAAAUGCUGGCACAAAACCUUCAAGCACAAAAGUUUCAAGGUGGAUUCCCACAAAUGAAUGGAUACCCUUCAUCUGCUUACCCCCAACCACAACAAAACCCACAAGGUUUCUACCCACCGCAGCAAAACUAUUAUCCUUCCACUCAAGGGGUAGUAGGUACAAACAUGGCAGGGCAACCAUAUGGAGCAGGUGGUCAUCCAUUCUCACCUCCUAUGAAUAGCCAACAGUACUAUCCUGCACCCCCAGCACCCUCUGCACCAAUGGAAGAAAACCAAGAGGAAGACCCAGGACAGGAAAGAAGUUUGGACGAUGGUAACACUGAGACAUAUGAUUCAUCUUCCACGGAAAAUCAACAUGACCAGCCUACUCAACAGUACCAGAAUACUUACUAUUACCCACAGCAGCAGCAACAGCAACAAGGUUACCAAUAUCCCCAAACUUACAUGCCACAAAGCCAUAUGCCACAAAUGCCACAAAAUCAUAUGCCACAGGCACCAAUGGGACACGCUCAAGGAGGCAUGGCCAGCUCAGCCAUGCUCCGGUAUCUCAUGUUCCAAGGUGGCGCAUCGUCUAACGGCAACUCUUUCUUGACGCUUCUUCCAUAUCUGAUGCAAAAUCCACAUUUCUCUCAGAUGAUCAGAUUUGAAACAUUAUACAUCAUGGUACCAGAUGGAUGCAAAUGUCAAAAAGGAGCACCUAAUGUUCAGCAAACUAGCACACCACAAAGGCCAAACUUCAAUUUUUGGGGACAACCUCAAUAUCAACAACAAUAUAGUCCGUAUUCAAAUUACCCAUCAUACCAACAAGGAUCUCAAGGCUAUUCUCAACAACCAAGUUACCCUCAAUACCAAGACCCAUCAGCAAAUCUUUAUUCACAAGGCAUGCAAAGAAGUUUUGGCGGUAUGGGUGGUAUGGGAAGUAUGUUUUAUAAUCCAUAUGCUCAGCCAAAUCAACCCACAAGACAAAGAUCGCCUCGAACCCCAAGAAAAAGACAGUCAAGAAAAAGAGAUAAUAAAAAAGAUAAUAAGGAUGACAAAAAGAAGAAAGAUGACAAAGACGACAAAAAAUCCAGUUCAUAGUCGAAAAUUUUAAUUUUUUUAGUUUUUUAUAUUCACUGAAUUUAUCAAAAAUACUAUAUAUUUUUGUUUUUCUUUUUUUAUAUCUCUAUACAAAGUAGACAUUGUUGAAAAUUUCUUUUGUGUCAACUUAAGCUAUGU